GAUAUAGAAAUCUUUUAAGUAUUUUGACAUGAACAUGGUAUAUUGACUCAGUGACUACCUAGCGGGUGGUGUACGACAACUUAUAAUAUAAAAUAAGUGUAUUGAGUAUCCAGUAUCUUAAUAUACCUCUUUUAUAUUGUAAAUAAAUAAUGCCUCCAAGUGUCUCAGUUGUACAAGAAGUUACUGAUUUCCCGCAUUUCACUGGUGCAUCAAAGAAAAACUAUGGAACCAAGGGACUUAACAAAAUUAAGCAAAUUGCUGAAGAAUUCCGAGCUCAAUCAACGCAGGAGACAAACUUGGAGCAAGGUUCUUCUCCCAGAGACAACACCAAACCUAAAAAUAUGAGUGGACAAGUUUUGCACAGUCUCCAAAAAAUAUUUAACAGUUCCACAGUAGGAAGCAGUAAGCAACAUUACCUGACCGAGACAGAUAACGGCAAUAAGACAACCCGCGCUUUUACCGCCAUUGACCUUGAAUCGUUAAAUUUGAAAAAUUAUGAGGACCGAUUAAAAUCCUAUGCAAACUGGCCGAAUAAAGACGUAUCUAAAGAAGUAUUAGCGAAAGCAGGAUUCUUUUAUAAAAACUGCAAUGACUUGGUCCAGUGCCCGUUUUGUUUCAUAGAAGGUUAUCAGUGGGUUGCUGGUGAUAAUCCCAUGCAAGACCACAGGACUUGGAGCCCUCGCUGUCCUUUUGUUAUGACUUCAGUUGAACCCGAUUCACCUUCUAGACGAAAUACGGACACUUGCGGACUGUACGGUGUCGAAGUUUUUCCAAAUUCUGUGCCUGAAGACGAGAUACAACUAGAGAGACUCGGCAUCAGCAAGAGUAAGAGUCCUGCGCAUCCAGAUAAAGCGAUCUUGGAAAGUAGAUUAGAAACGUUCAGCGACUGGCCAAAAUCCUUAAAACAAACUCCGAAAGACCUUGCGGAUGCUGGCUUUUUCUAUAUUGGUGUUGGAGACCAAACAAUUUGCUUCCACUGUGGUGGCGGUUUGAAAGACUGGGAAGCUAACGAUAGUCCUUGGGAAGAGCACGCGUUGUGGUUUCCAAAGUGCUCCUAUUUGUUCCUAAAGAAGGGCCCACAAUACAUUAGCGCGGUUAAGGAAAAGAGAGAUCCCAAGGCGCGGUCAGCUAAUCUGACUCCUGAAACCAAAGAAACUCUUCCUGAACCUUUAACGUUAAAAGAAACUGAAAGUGGUGAAGAAGAAGAGUCCAAAAGCGAGAAAACUUUGUGUAAAAUCUGUUUUAAAAAUGAUGUGGGCAUUGUGUUUUUGCCUUGCGGACAUAUUGUUGCGUGCGUAGACUGUUCUGCCGCACUUAAAACUUGUGCGAUUUGCCGAAAACCUUUGGAAGGUAUGGUCCGAGCGUUCCUAUCGUAGACUUAGAUUUCUAAUUUAUGGACAAUUAUUAUAGUUGCUGUAACUUGCAGUUCUAAAACAGUACAAAUAUUCUACUUUGAUUCUCGUGUGAUAUUCAUGCAUUUUUUUUUGGAUUUAUCAUUUGUACUAUUUUAGAGCAGUCGGAACAACAGUUAAACAUUUUGUACUAUAGAACCUUCAACAUGAGAAAAAUUUGGACUCUAGUCACAGUUUAAUGUCUUCAAAAUAUUAUUGUAAUAAAUUUUGAGUUGGCGAAAAUCGUAGAAUUUACUUUUAGUAUUAAAGAGAUCUAUAUUUUUAUACAUUUGACUUCUAGACUCGGACUUAGUACAAACUCCUUUUAGUUAUAAGUUGUCACUAUACGCUUUAAUGUUGUAUUAGUAUAGCUCCGAGAUGCUUAUAAGAACUUCACUUACUUUAGUUUUCACGACUGCAAACAAUCCAUAUCCUUAACAGACUAUAAUAAUAUUAAUAAUUAUAAUAAUAUUGAACAUUGAACACACUGUUAGCUUUGAUUAUAUAUUGUACAGUUCAAAAAUUAACUUGUGUGAUUCAGGAGAGUGUGUUAUGUUUUGAAUGGAGAAUGUUGUACUAUAUAAUAAUUAUAAAAAUAUUAUUUAUACAAAA